AUGGCCACUUCUCACCACGGGACUGCGGGAGUACAAACCCCACUACUAGAUGACGUCGUAGAGGGUGCCGUCGACUACAAAGGCCGCCCAGUACACAGAUCCAGAUCUGGCGGCUGGCGUUCCGCGUGGUUUAUAAUAGGGGUGGAGGUUGCGGAGAGGUUCGCAUACUAUGGAAUCAGCUGCAACCUCAUCACCUUUCUGACGGGGCCUUUGGGGCAGUCCACGGUCACGGCCGCUGAGAAUGUCAACAUUUGGUCCGGAACGGCGUUGUUGCUUCCUUUGUUGGGAGCCUUUGUGGCUGAUUCUUUUCUUGGACGCUACCGCACUAUUGUUUUUGCUUCUCUGCUCUAUAUUUUGGAAGUAGGGAACAAACUUCCUAGGGGUUUGCCUUCAGCAGGGAAAGGGUCUGGGCCUUCAAUAAAGGCUAACUUGCAGAAGACAAAGAUAAGGGAAGCAGUCGUCAAGCUCCGGGUACCGGUGUGGUGCCGGCCGAAGGCUCUCCGAUGCUUAAGUCAGCUAAGAAAGGGACUAGGCUUGUUGACCCUGUCAGCCGUGCUUCCUUCUCUCACUGGUUCUGACUGCCAAAAGAUCAAUCAAUCCACAUCAUGUUCUUCUCAGUUUCAAGUAUUGUUCUUCUUCUUCUCUCUGUAUCUGGUAGCUGUUGCGCAAGGUGGACACAAGCCUUGUGUUCAGGCUUUCGGAGCUGAUCAAUUUGAUGCGUCAGAUCCAGAGGAGUGCAAAGCCAAAAGCUCAUUCUUUAAUUGGUGGUAUUUUAGCUUAUGUUUCGGUACCACAUUUACACGUAUACUAUUGACCUACAUACAGGACAACCUGAGUUGGGGUCUGGGUUUUGCAAUUCCUUGUAUUGCGAUGGUCCUUGCACUGUUUAUUUUCUUGCUCGGAACUAGAACUUACCGGUAUAGUAUCAAAGGGGAUGAGGAAAGCCCAUUUGUAAGAAUUGGAAGGGUGUUUGUCGCUGCAUUAAGGAACUGGCGAACUACUCCUUCAGCAAUAACUUCUGAAGAGGAAUCCCGCGGAACCUUGCCUCACGAAAGUUCUGAACAAUUCAAGUUCCUGAAUAAAGCAUUGCUUGCACCGGAUGAUUUGAAGGAAAACAGAAAGGUGUGUACUGUCGCUGAGGUUGAAGAAGCAAAAUCUGUUCUUAGGCUUUUUCCAAUAUGGGUUACAUGCUUGGCAUAUGCGGUUGUGUCUGCACAGGAUUCAACUUUCUUCACUAAGCAAGGUGCCACCAUGGACAGAACAAUUGCACCGGGCCUUGAUAUACCAGCCGCUUCACUUCAGACUUUCAUCAGCAUUACCAUUGUCAUCUUCGUUCCCAUUUAUGUUCGCAUUUUUGUUCCAAUAGCUAGAGUUUUCACCAGGAAACCUUCUGGAAUUACAAUGCUGCAAAGAAUUGGGAUUGGUAUGUUUAUUUCUAUUAUUUCCAUGGUAGUUGCAGCUCUAGUUGAGAUGAAAAGGCUCAAAACUGCCAAAGAUUAUGGUCUGCUUGAUAUGCCAAGUGCCACGGUUCCAAUGAGCAUUUGGUGGUUGGUUCCUCAGUACUUGUUGGCCGGAUUGGCCGAUGUUUUCACGAUGGUUGGUCUGCAAGAGUUUUUUUAUGAUCAGGUGCCAAAUGAAUUAAAGAGUAUCGGACUUGCCCUCUACCUCAGUAUUUUUGGUGUGGGAAGCUUUCUGAGCAGCUUUCUUAUCUCCGCCAUUGAUGACGCAACCACUUGGGCAGGGGAAACUAGCUGGUUUUCCACUAAUCUCAACCGUGCGCAUCUGGAUUACUUCUAUUGGCUACUUGGUGGAAUCAGUGUAGUAGAAUUGGCUAGCUACUUGUAUUUUGCGAAAUCUUACAUUUAUAAUAGGGCAGGUACAGUAUAA